CUUGUUUACAGCCGAAUCUAAAAAUUUGCACAAUACGUAUUAAAAAUUGAUGUGGGGGUGAGUGGCAUGGCGUGGCAUUAAGCAUAAGCACAAAAAGAAUAUAAAUGAAAGAAUAAGAAGCUGAGGGGAACGUAAGGGCAGCUUUCGUGCUGUCGGAGCUGGUUAGGAAUCAGCUAUGAAGUGGAGGCUGGCAAGAGAGUGAGGCCUAUGCGUCCACAGCAAACUGAAAUGCUGUAUGCGCACCACAUUAUACCCAAGCUCGAGCCGAACAGGGUAAAACCGUUAGUAUGCAUACGAAUCUCGGAGGGUGAUGUGCUUUCGUGUUCGGCCUCAAUACAAUUCCAUGUACGUUUUUAAAAUAAAUAAAAAAACGGAGGAAUUUUAUUAACCACUAAUUUCCAACAUGGAAGACGAAACAGAUGAAUUUAAUUUUCACAUUUCGCGCUAUAGGCCGGAGGAAUUGCAGAAAUUAGCCUCCAAAACUAAGUUCACCAGAAAAGAAAUUCAACUGAUGUACAGAGGCUUCAAACAAGAGUGCCCAACCGGGAUGGUGGAUGAGGAAUCUUUCAAGCAUAUAUUUGCCCAGUUUUUUCCCUUGGGAGAUGCAACGAAUUAUGCGCACUACGUUUUCAACACUAUGAAAAAGAAAAACACAGGGACGAUCAGUUUUGAGGAUUUCCUCAGCAUUCUUUCCAAGGUUUCGAGAGGCAGUGUCGAGGAAAAGUUGCAGUGGGUGUUUGGCCUAUACGAUCUAAACGGAGAUGGGCUAAUUUCCAAAACAGAAAUGGUCGAUGUUGUUACCAGCAUCUACGAAAUGCUUGGCAGAGCAACGCAACCAGCUGUUGAAGACACUUCGGCCAAAGACCACGUCGAAAAAAUAUUCCACUUGAUUGAUAAAAAUAAAGAUGGAUUUGUAACUAUAGAAGAGUUGGUUCAGUGGUGUUCCAGAGAUGAGAAUGUGUUGAAGUCGCUGGAAACACUGGAUACAGUAUUGUGAUUUGUUUGCGUAUUGACCUUAAUUUUUACGAAUUUUGGUGUCAUAUUUAUAAAAUUUUCGACAUUUGUCUAAAAAAGUGAGAUAUUAUAGCAAUAUAUGCAAUAUGUGUAUUUUCGCAACUGUUUGAUUUGUUUUCUGUGCCAAAUGUAUAUCUAUUAUAUUAUUAAGGGUCCAUUCAGUUUUUUACUUUAAAUAAUAGACUGUAUGUUGUUCCUAUAGCGUACAACCAACACAGGGUGGCGCAAAUGGUUAUGCAAGUGAAUUAUUAUAAUUUGUGGUUCAAAAUAUUUCCCAUUUGUGCAUUGUAUUUGGAACCAUAUGGGUGAAUAUAUUGAGAUGUCCCCCAAGUGAAAAUGAUUAUUUUUUAUUUUUGUUUGUUUCACUGUUAGUCUAGAAAGGGGUUUGGGAAGCCACCAGGUUUAGUAAUAACAUAACAUAAGUGGUUCUGCACUAAUGCAAGAAUUAUAAGAAAUCAUACAUUUUGAAUAUUAGAGCUUCACGGAGGUUAGGAUUUCGUAUGUUUUUUUUUAAACAUCCCUUUGUAUAUUUGAAAUAAGUUAUUGUAUCUUUUAACACCCUAAUAUUUUUAAAAAUACAAUUGUACAUACAUAAAAUAUUUAUAAAAAAAAUAUACUUACUGAGAUAUUACAUUUCACGGUGGAUAGGUUUUUCAAUAGCAAAUUAAUGAACUUAAACUUUUGAAUUAUAAAACAGCAACACUCUCAUCUGCAUAUUAACUCUAACUGACCUUUAGGAAUCAUAUGCAUCUAUAAUGUCGUAAACAGAGGUUUUUGCUUAUUUAAAAUGAUUAAAGCGCCAUCCGUUGCAUACAAUUUAAAGCAAAAACAGAUUCACAGAGGAUAGAAUCAAUUUACGUAACACCUAAAUAAAUGGUUAUAAAAAAUAUUUCUUUUAAUUUUUAAUAAUAUUUUAUAUUUGAUUCGAUUGCUUUGGAUGUGUUUAAUUUACUUACUAACUAACUGAUAUUUUUAGUAUGCUUUUACUACCUCAGAUAUUUGAAAACAUACAGGUUAACCUAGAAAGAGUAACAGUCACGGAGGAUAGGUUUUAGACUUUUUAAACAUUGUAAAAAAUAAUUAAUUGCGGUUAAAAAACUGGAACCUGAGCUGUAAUAUCUAAUUAUAAAAGAUCAAAACACAAUAAAAGUGUAGGUCAAACUUAUUUAGUUUUAUUAAAUAUCACGGGGUAACACCAUCGGGGGACAUUUCGUGAGAUUCACCCAUAUAUAUAUGUUAAUAAUCCACUUACGUAAUAAAUGAUUCAAAGCAUAACGUUAAUUUUGGGCAAAGGUUUCAAGAAUUACUUGACUAAUACAUAACUGAAGACUAACUGACAGCGUUGCCAACCGUACUAUAAUUAUAGUAUUUGUACUAAAAUUAUGAGCGUGUGUACUAUGUACUACUUGCAAAGUUAUUAUAGUAUUGUCAUUUUGUACUAUAAUUUUGACCAAAUAUAUAUGUAAAACUGUAUACUAGCAUUUAAG